GCCCUCAGCAAACUCAAACUCUGUUUAGCCCUUAGCCUAGCCCUUCUGAAGGUCCAAUUUAGGGUUUCUUUGGUGUUUUUCUUUUUCUUUUUUGAUUCUUUCAAUUUUAAUUUGAAAGCUCGAAACUUUCAAUAGAAAGCUCUAAGCUUUCCGCAGCUCAUCAAGGUGUUUGUUUCUUUUCUUGAUUUGGCUCACUUCAGUUCAGAUCUGUGAAUCAAGCUGUAAAAACCCAUAGAUUGGAGGCAGCUUACUGGAGGGUAUUGUGAGCCUACUUCUGUGCCAACAUCUUUUGUGUUAGUUUCUUUUGAAAUUCUGACAGGAAUCCUCCGUUACUUUGCUUCUUAACUUGUAAGGUGCCACCACUUCAUCAUGAAUGAUUAAGCCUUAUCAUGGAAGUAGAAGACCCUAUGAGUCCCAUUAUGGCAAUUACCCCUGUGACCCCAACAGAUAACAAUGAACCACCCACUUCUGAGGAACAGCCUAGUAAACGCAGGAGAAAGAAGUCUAUUGUCUGGGAACACUUCACAAUUGAAACUGUUGGAGCUGGUUGUAUGAGAGCGUGCUGUAAACAGUGCAAGAAAUCAUUUGCAUAUAUAACUGGUUCAAAGCUUGCAGGAACCAGUCACCUCAAGCGACAUAUUGCCCUGGGGAUCUGCCCUGUAAGCCGUCAGAAAAAUGAAUCAUCACCAUAUACACCAGGCUUGAAAACAGACCCUCCUAAAAAACGUUUCCGAGCAUCUCCUGGAUUCUCAGGCAUUCCCUUGGAUCAGGACCGCUGCAACCAUGAGAUAGCUAAGAUGAUCAUUCAGCAUGAUUAUCCACUCCACAUAGUGGAACACCCGGGUUUCAUUGAUUUUGUCCGGACUCUUCAACCUCAUUACAAUAUGGUGAGUUUCAACACCAUUCAAGGGGAAUGUGUGGAUGUGUACCUGAGGGAGAAGCAAAGGCUUUUGAAUCUUAUCAGUGGAAUUCCUGGACGAGUCAACCUUACGUUGGAUUUUGGGAUUUCAAAUCUAGAUAUUGGAUAUGCUUUCUUAACAGGUCACUUCAUUGAUGGUGAUUGGAAUUUACAGCGACGAAUCCUUAAUGUUGCCACGUUACCUUUCUAUGAUUCUGAUUAUGCCUUCAACCAAGCAGUUGUGUCUUGCCUAUCUGAUUGGCAGUUGAGGAGCAAGUUAUUUACUCUCACUCUUGAUCAAUCCUUCUCAAAUGAGAAUGUAAUUGGAAAUCUAAGAGGACUUCUUUCUGUCAAGAACCCAUUUGUGCUCAAUGGUCAGUUACUGAAAGGGAGUUGCUAUGCUCGAGUGUUAAGUCAUCUUGCACAAAAUGCACUCAGUGCCACAGGCGAGAUUGUUGGGAGAAUCCGUGAAAGUGUGAAAUAUGUGAAAACCUCAGAAGCUCAUGAUGAGAAGUUUACUGAACUCAGGCAACAACUUCAAGUCCCUAGCACGAAAAUCCUCAUUAUUGACAAUCAAACUAAAUGGAACACGACUUACCACAUGCUGGUGGCUGCCAGUGAAUUAAAGGAAGUGUUUGCGUGCUUAGAUACCUCUGAUCCUGUUUACAAGAUAAACCCAUCAACUGAUGAUUGGAAGAAGGCGGAUAUUCUCUGCACAUACUUGAAGCUUUUAUAUGAUGCAGCUAACAUUUUGACAGGCCCAACAUGCCCACCUGCCCAUGUAUUUUACCAUGAAGUGUACAAAAUCCAGUUAGAGCUGACACAUGCAACCAUGAGCCAAGACCCCUUUGUCAGUAACCUGAUCAAACCCAUGAAAGAAAAGUUUGAUCAAUAUUGGAAGGAUUGCUUCCUUGUUUUGGCAAUUGCAGUGGUCAUGGAUCCAAGGUUUAAGAUGAAGCUUCUAGAAUUUAGCUUCCCAAAGGUCUUUGGUGAGGACGCUGGUAUGUGGAUCAAGAGUGUUGAUGAUGGCAUUCAUGAACUCUUUCUAGACUAUCUUGCUCCCAAUAUUCAUCUACCAGCAGCAUAUGUGGAAGAAGGGCAUAUUAGCCUUACUCAAUCAGACACUCUUCAAGAAGUUGAAGCAGCACCUGCUCCAGAUGGAUAUUCCCAAGAACUGCACCCUCAUGUACCUCUUCAAGUGGCACACCCUGACACAUCAAAUCCUCAUGAAGUGCCUCUUCAAGAAGGCCAGCAUCAGGAGGUAUCUCCUCAGGAGUCACUCGUCCAAGAAGUGCCCUCACAGGCAUUAACCCUUCAAGAGAUGCACGUGGAAGAAGUGCCUUCCCAAGAAGUAUCCAUUCAUGAGAUGCACACUGAAGUGUCCUCACAGGAACCGCCCUCUCAAGAAAUGCAUGCUCAAGAUAUAACACCUCAAGAAUCACACACGGAAGAAGCACCUUCUCAAGAGAUGCAGAGUGAUGAUGCCUCUCAAGUACCCCCUCAAGAUAUUAACACUGAAGAAGUAAACCCCCAAGAUACUCAUGCUGAAGAAGUUCCCUCCCAUGAAGUACUUGUUCAAGAGAUUCACCCUAAUGAAGUUCCCUCCCAAGAGGUAUCUGUUCAAGAGAUGCAGGCAGAAGAAGCGCCAGCUCAAGCAAUGCAGACAGAAGAAGCGCACCCUCAAGCAAUGCAGGCAGAAGAAGCUCCACUGCAAGAGAUGCACUCAGAAGAAGCCCCACCUGAAGAGAUGCGCACUGAAGAAGCGCUGCCGGAAGAGAUGCGUACAGAAGAAGCGCCGCUGGAAGAGAUGCAGACCGAGGAAGCGCCGCCUCAAGAGAUGCGCACAGAGGAAGCGCCGCCUCAAGAGAUGCACACCGAGGAAGCGCCGCCUCAAGAGAUGCACACCGAGGAAGCGCCGCCUCAAGAGAUGCGCACAGAGGAAGCGCCGCCUCAAGAGAUGCAUGCCGAGGAAGCGCCGCCUCAAGAGAUGCAUGCCGAGGAAGUGCCUCAAGAGAUGUGCACAGAGGAAGCACCGCCGCAAGAGAUGCGCACAGAGGAAGCACCGCCUCAAGAGAUGCAUGCUGAGGAAGCACCGCCGCAAGAGAUGCGCACAGAGGAAGCACCGCCGCAAGAGAUGCGCACAGAGGAAGUGCCGCCUCAAGAGAUGCAACUCCAAGUAAUCCAUCAAGAGAUGCAGCCUCUAGAAUUGCACACUCAAGAUCUACCUAUGCUUUCUAUUGGAGAUGGGCUUUCAGAUUUUGAUAUAUAUAUUUCUGAGAUUACAAGUGGGCAACAUUUGAAGUCGGAAUUGGAUCAGUAUCUAGAGGAGUCUCUUCUUCCUCGUGUGCAUGAGUUUGAUGUAGUAGGUUGGUGGAAACUAAACAGGCUAAAGUACCCAACACUUUCGAAGAUGGCUGCUGAUAUUUUAUCAAUACCAGUAUCUACUGUUGCUCCUGAUUCUGUGUUCGACACUGAAAACAGAAAGAUAGAUAGCUACAGGGGUUCACUACUUCCUAUAACACUUGAAGCCCUUGUUUGCGCCAAGGAUUGGCUCCAGCAUGGAUCAUCGAUGUCAUCAUCACCACUGGAGAUUUCUAACGCACUUGUGAAGAAAGAAUUUUAGGUCUUAUGUAGGAACAUCUUUCGUCCUACAGCCUGGGCAUAUUUGACUUGCUUUUAGGCGUAUGCAAUUGUUUUUCCCUUUUCUUCUCAUUUAUACUGCCAAUAUAAGAUAUUUGAUUAGGAUUUGUUAUGCUACAUCAGACUUGGAACUAAUCUUGGUUUCAGUGAUCACUUUGGAUUAA